CGGCGCGGCUUGGCGCAUGCCCGGCCCGGCCCUUCGCCGGACCUGGCUCUCUGCGGCAGCAGCAGCGUAGGAAGAUGAACAGAACUUAACUGCAUUUUAGGACUUGACUCCUUGAUGGGCUGGAUUUUAUCUUGGCAGGAGUUUUUGAAGAUUCACAGUGUAAGAAGAAACAGCCAAUGGCUUCAGAGUCCAUGGUGCCAGAGCAGGCAAAACAACAUCUGAUAAAGGGAAAAAGGCAGCAACAGCAGCAGCAACAGCGAACUAGGUCUCCCAACAGUGACACUGAAGACGACAUCUUUGUCUUUGAGGCAAAUGAGGCUUGGAAGGAUUUUCACAGCUCUCUUCUUCACUUCUUUGAAGCUGGAGAACUCUGUGAUGUUACACUGAAGGUUGGUUCAAAGCUUAUCUCCUGCCACAAGCUGGUGCUGGCUUGUGUUAUCCCUUACUUCAGAGCCAUGUUUCUCUCAGAAAUGGCUGAAGCCAAGCAGACAUUGAUUGAGAUCAAGGACUUUGAUGGCGAUGCAAUAGAAGACCUCGUGAAGUUUGUGUACUCCUCCCGGCUUACCUUGACAGUGGAUAAUGUCCAGCCGCUCUUGUAUGCUGCUUGCAUUCUUCAGGUGGAACUGGUGGCAAAGGCAUGCUGUGAAUACAUGAAGCUGCACUUCCACCCCUCCAACUGCCUAGCAGUCAGGGCAUUUGCAGAGACUCACAACCGUAUUGACUUAAUGGAUAUGGCCGAUCAGUACGCAUGCGAACAUUUUACAGAGGUGGUGGAGUGCGAAGACUUUGUGAGCAUGUCACCACAGCACCUCCAUAAGCUCCUGUCCUCCAGCGACCUGAAUAUUGAAAAUGAAAAGCAAGUUUACAACGCUGCUAUCAAGUGGCUGCUAGCCAAUCCACAGCAUCAUGCUACGUGGCUGGAUGAAAUACUUGCACAGGUACGGCUGCCUCUCUUGCCCAUUUGUUUCCUUAUGGGUGUUGUGGCAAAGGAAGAGAUUGUCAAGCAGAAUCUAAAAUGUAGGGAUUUGCUGGAUGAAGCAAGAAACUACCACCUUCACCUGAGCAGCAGGGCAGUGCCAGACUUUGAGUACUCCAUUCGCACAACACCAAGGAAGCAGACUGCUGGUGUGCUGUUCUGUGUUGGUGGUAGAGGUGGAUCUGGUGACCCAUUCCGCAGCAUUGAAUGCUACUCUAUCAGUAAGAACAAGUGGUUCUUUGGCCCAGAAAUGAACAGCAGGAGAAGGCACGUGGGUGUGAUUUCUGUGGGAGGUAAAGUCUAUGCAGUGGGUGGGCAUGAUGGAAAUGAACAUUUAGGAAGCAUGGAAGUAUUUGAUCCUCUCACAAACAGGUGGAUGAUGAAGGCAUCAAUGAACACAAAGAGGAGAGGCAUUGCUCUUGCCUCCCUUGGUGGCCCCAUUUAUGCCAUUGGAGGUUUAGAUGACAACACAUGCUUCAGUGACGUGGAGCGCUACGACACCGACUCAGAUUGCUGGAGCGCAGUCGCCCCCAUGAACACUCCCCGCGGAGGGGUCGGCUCAGUAGCCCUCGUGAACCAUGUUUAUGCUGUGGGUGGCAACGAUGGCGUAGCAUCUCUUUCCAGUGUGGAGAAGUACGAUCCCCAUUUGGACAAGUGGAUCGAAGUGAAGGAGAUGGGUCAGCGGAGAGCUGGCAACGGGGUCAGCGAGCUCCACGGCUGCCUGUAUGUUGUUGGUGGUUUUGAUGACAACUCCCCGCUGAGCUCCGUGGAGCGGUUUGACCCCCGCAGUAACAGAUGGGAGUAUGUGGCGGAGCUCACCACCCCGAGGGGUGGCGUGGGCAUAGCGACCCUGAUGGGAAGGAUCUUCGCAGUUGGAGGUCAUAAUGGCAACACGUACCUCAACACUGUGGAAGCAUUUGAUCCCAUAGUGAACAGGUGGGAGCUGGUGGGCUCUGUGUCUCACUGCAGGGCAGGGGCUGGUGUGGCUGUCUGCUCUUGUCUCAGCAGCCAGAUCCGUGACGUGGGCCAAGGAUCCAGCAAUGUUGUUGACUGCAUGUGAGCUCUGCUGCCUCCUCCAUAUUCCAGGGGAAUUAUAGUAGUGGGACACUGCAGAGCUUUUAAACCCUGUAUUUUGUAUGCUAAGUUGAGAAAUAAAACCAACACAUUUUCUUUGUGAAAAUGGUACCUUCUGCAACUGUAAAACUUUUAGUGGCUUUCUAUCAAUAGUGAUAGAGAAAAGCCUGUGAAAAUGUGGCACAGAAGCUCACAGGAAAAAACCUGCCAAGAGCUGCAAUCAUCACAUUUUUGAGAAGCUGUAAUUUCACAAUCAUCUGAGGCAGCUGUUGUGGGGACUCAUUACUGAACUAUAAACCAGGCACAGGGUGAGGAUGGCGAGCAGUAGUUAGUAGUGCUGAGCCUUACCCAACAGCCCUGCUAUGUGUCUUUUUCUGCAGGACUCAAGUACAACUUAAUAUAACUUAUUUUCAGGAAUUCAGUCUUAAACAUUCCCUAAUUAUACAAGAGCUUUGUAACACAAAGCCUCUCAGGUUCUAGAAGGUAGUGACAUCCCUGUUGCACGCUAAGAUAACUGGAGUGGAGAAGUUUGCUGCCAGUCUUCAGGGAGGCUUGUGGCAGCAGUGGAAAUCACAGGUACUCAGUCUGAAAUCUGUCUGAAAGUACUUUCUCAAGCUAAAACACUUGUUAGAAAGCUGAAAACAUUCUUGACCUGAGUUUAGACAC